UCGUGGAGGUGACUGAAGGCAACACGACCACAAUUGAAGGGAGAAUUAUAGAGGAUAAGGAUGCUGCAACACCAACUCCUCCAAACCCCUCUGGCCAGUGUCCCAUCUGUCGCUGGAACCUGAAGCAUAAAUAUGAUUAUGUGGACGUCUUGCUGCUGAGUCAGUUUAUCCGUUCUGAUGGAGGGAUGCUGCCACGAAGGAUCACAGGCCUUUGUUUGGAGGAGCACAAGAAGAUUGCUGUUUGUGUGCAGAUGGCUCACCGUGCAGGUUUGUUGCCAAACCACAGACCUCCACUUCCUGAAGGGCAUAUUCCCAAGAAACCCAAACUCAACAGGUAUCUGACCCGCUGGUCCAUCAGGUCUGCAAAGCCCAUCUGGAAGAGGGGACCUAAGUGGUGCAAAAAGCCCUUCCCGGUUGGACACCCUUUGCUGAAAGAUAAUGUCACAUACACACAAAAGCCUCUCUGUUUAAACCACUAG